UGCGCACAGCCAUUCCUGGCCCGGAGUGUGUGUGUGUGUGUAUGUGUGUGUGUGAGAGUGUGUCUGGGUCUGGGAGGCUGGAACAUGGAAGAUGAUGAGGUUGCAGAGAGCUGGGAGGAAGCAGCGGACAGUGGGGAAAUCGAGAGAAGACUGGAGGCGAAAUUGCGGAUCAGUCAAAAAGAAAAGAAAUCCAGCGCCGGCUCCGGGCGCUCCCCCUUGAAGACGGCCAUCGUGAUCCAGGACGACUCCCUCCCCGCGGCUCCCCCGCCCCAGAUCCGCAUACUGAAGCGGCCCUCCAGCAACGGCUCCCUGGGGUCCCCCGCCGCCUCCACCCGGCCCGUCCUGCAGGUGAAGUCGCUCGCCCAGCGGGAGGCGGAGUAUGCCGAGGCCAGGAGGCGGAUCCUGGGCAGCGCCACGCCCGACGACGCACCUCAGGACAGACCCAGCACGGACAGGCCGGCACGCAUGAGCGCCCCCCAGCCCUCGGAGGACUUAAAGCCGAACAAUCACGCGAUCCGCCAGCCGACCGGACCUGACGGCACACAAGGCUUUCGCCAGCGCAGAUAGAGCGAGGGAGAGAGGGAUGCGCACAGUAUCAUCUUGCACUGGGGGAGGGAGGAGGAGAGGAGGGAGGUCAGGACGGGGGUGGUUAACGACGGGGAUGCUGAAAUCGGAAAACUAAAAAGAAAAAAAGCGAAAAUGCUCACAUUGAUCCAAUUGGAGGGAAUGCGAAAUGUGGCGAAAAUGAACGUGUGUUCCCUUUCCGCUCCCCUCUGAUGAUCGGCCCUAACCCGCUCCCCCCCCACCCCCCCCACCAUGACUGCCCCGUUGCCGUUGUGUGAGCGAAGGUGAGGGACAGGGCAGUGACGGGGAGGUCACGCAGGGAGGAGCUUGGCCCGAAUCUCUUCUCCCGCUCGACACUGUGAUGAAGAUAUUGCCUCUUCAGGACUCUGUUCACUGUGAUAUCCCCCCCCCCCCCCCCCCC